ACAAGUUAUCAUGUGCACGUCUCUUAAUUUGUGAGUCUGAAUUAGGACAAAGUUUUGAGAUUAAAACUAUGCUAGCUCUAGAAGACAGAACCUGAGAGAACCACUUAGAGAAAGUUUCUUUCACACUAACCAAAAUGGUGCAGGUAAGAAAAACCAUUCACAAGACCAAAAGUUUCUUUCACAAAAGUCUCAAAAACUUCAGGUCUUUUUUCUCUGGAGGGUACCAAAAACUUCCAAGAUCUCUUUCCUUCAGUCCAUUCCUUUGUAACAUUGACAAUGCAAAAGCUUGCACAAGCGACCAAUUCUACAACGAGUUCUAUGAUCUCUUGCAGUCCGAUCUCAGCACAAUGAAGGUGUUCGGUAGCAAUAACAGCACCAAAUCAAUGUUAAAAGAGCCUGCAAUGGAAGAUGCUGUAAUAAAUGGAAACUUCAUGUGUUUCGCAAAGAAAAGUCCACAAAAGAAUACUCAUGAUGUCAUAGAAAAAGAGAAGAUGAAUAAAAGUAGCUCGUCGCAAUCACCACUGAAGAAAAAGGGAGCUCAUGUCUUGGCACAAAAGAUGAAGGAGUUGGAUAUGAUGGAUUCAGGUGAUCUCGAACAUGUACUAGACAUAGAAGAAGCACUUCACUACUAUUCUCGCCUUAAAAGUCCGGUUUAUUUAGACAUUGUGGAUAAGUUUUUCACUGAAAUAAAUUCGGAGUUUAUUGUUCCACAGCGCUCUAUCAGCUUCAAAAACUCAAAGGAAAGACUUGCUCCAAUUCAGUUACUUAAAAGAUAAGCAUUUAAUCACAAUGCCAAGCAUGUUCUAGUAUAUAGGAAAAACCAGUUCUACAAUAUUACUGUGUCUCUUAUUUUCCUUUACUCCAGUUUGAUGUACUAUUUACUGUAUUCGGUUUAGUUCCUAUUGUUGAAAGCUGUCUUCUUUAUUUUUCUUUUCAA